AUGGUUCACAAGACCACCAAUCAAGAUGGACUCACAUCAGCAGAGCCUCCUGUCCGUCAUUACAACCAAUAUACUCUCCUUGUGUCCAUCGGCUUAUCGCUUUCGUUUCUGGCCUACGGUUAUACCGGCGCUGUCAUUGGCACCGUGGGUGGCCAGCCAUCUUUCCUCCAGUACAUGAACCUCAUUACAGCCAGCAACGCCACCCAGCUUUUUGGUGCCACAAACGGACUGUACUACGCAGGCGGUGUCUUCGGCACCAUCUACGCCUCCUACGCCGCUGACCGUUGGGGCCGGAAAAACGCGUCUGUACAAGCUCAGGUUGGCCUCGUUAUCGCCCAGGCCAUUCAGACAGGUUCGGUUCACAUAGCAAUGUUUAUUGUUGGCCGGUUUAUAGCGGGAUUUGCGUCAGUCUCCUCUCCUGAAACUUUCAUCCUUGGUAUCUCGGUCUGCAGUGGAUACAUUACAUUAUGCGUCACGCCCAUGUGGCUGUCCGAACUUGUUCCCCCUCGCCAGCGAGGCACUCUUAUGCAGAUCAUUGCAAUCACGCUUGGGCUCGGAUACGUUGCGGCCAACUGGAUCGGCUACGGCUUCUCUUUCUACACUGGAAAGGUUCUUGCGUUCCGCCCAAUUUUAGGUACGGUUUAUACAUCGAGUACGACGAAGAAGGAAACCCCUGCUGAUCAUCACAUCCAUUCUCCAGCUCUCGGCAUGGUCGUUCCUGUCAUCUGCAUCAUUCUCUUCAUAUGGCUCCCUGAAAGCCCACGGUGGCUUAUAAUGAAAGAUCGUCAUCCAGAAGCUCAUGCGCUACUACGCCGCCUGCAUCGAUCACCAGUCGAUAAAGACGACUCUUUUGCCGAUGUCGAGUACUAUCAAAUCUCUAGGCAGGCCGCCGUUGAUGCCAACCUUGACCUCUCUUGGAAGUCAAUGAUCUCGACCCGCCCGAUGACAUUACGGACGGCGUUUGGAAUUGUGUGGCCAGCAAUGACCGCAACAUCGGGGGUGAAUGUUGUUGUUAACUAUGGUCCGCUCCUGUACAGCCUGCUUGGCUUCUCCUCCGACAAACAGCUUAUAUAUCAAGGCGGCUGGGCAACAUUGAACUGGGGCGGCAACGUCAUCGGCAUUUUUAUCAUUGAUCGAUUCAAUCGACCGGGAUAUUCAAUCACCGGCUUCGUGGGCGUGACCUGCUGUCUCCUCGUCGAAGCUAUCAUCGUGGCAACUUCGUUAGACAAUGGUACCGACUCAGUGCUACGUUUGGGCGUGGCGUCCAUCUUUCUUUUCGGCGCAUUCUUCGGCUGCUUCAUCGACGGAUUGCUCUUUACGUGGGUGGGAGAGGUGUUUCCUACGCCAUACCGUGCAAAGGGCUACACCAUAGCCCUGGCGACACAGGCUCUGUUCAAUAUUAUAUGGACCGAGGCCGCACCGACGGCUUUCGCUAAUAUCAAAUGGGGUUACUAUAUCGUCUUCAUCGUCCUGAACGCCAUCUCAGUUGUUGUUAUCUGGCUUUUCUUCCCCAACACAAGAGGUCUGGCCUUGGAAGAGGUGGGCGCGAUAUUUGGUGACGGUGAUCGCAUCGCGGUGUAUCAGCGUGAUAUCGACCUGAGCACCCUCCAAACCGAGGUGGCAGUGAUCGACAAGGAGCACGGAUUCUCUGGGAAAGAGUUGAGGGUAGAGGCUCAGCACAUCGAGGCGACAGAAGAGAAGACGUCCGGCUAG